AGUUUUUGGCAAUUUUUACUGUUGGUUGUUUAUCAUAUUGCAACUCUUUAUAUUGUAAUCACUAGUUACACGAGCAUCAUGGUACAGCCUUAUACUACGUUUCAAGUACUGUUUUUUUGUGUAUAUUGACUUGUUUGCACGCAACACCUGCUCUAACUGCUCUUAACUUUCUCUGCAAUGCAGACACUUGUUAUUUGAGGAGGAAUCUCUUGUUUGCAGAGGACCAAUUGAGCUAACAACUGUCUGUUUGAUUUUGAUCAACCAGUCAUGUCUGACAGUCAGGUCCAGGCCAUAGAAGAACUUGAUGAGUUCUAUAAGGCGGUUGAUAGGGCACUGGUUGCCUCUACUGUGAAGAUUAUUGACGUAGCAAGAUAUGAUGUCAUUCCAAACUUUGACAUCAGUGAGACCCCUACGCGAAGGGAGCUUGGUCGAUUGUUCAACAGGCGGAACAGUCACUUCAAGUCCAUAGCGUCAUUGAACAUCCAGUAUGACAAACUCUCUGGCCAAAACGAUGAGAUCCCAGUGACUCCAGUGUACCGUCUUGAUGACGAGUUUCACACAUUUCACACUGUUACCAUCCGGGGCAGAGGUGUGACACUUGUGGUUCUAGUACGGGAUUCAGAUAACUACGUCCUUGCAGUCAAAGUGUAUUUAACUGAAGAAGAGUCCCGUGUUGCUCCUUGGUUUCUCUUUGAAGGUGUGAAACUUCCAAGCAGGUUCAAGAAUGUUGUGCCAACAAACUAUAGUUUUGGUCAUGACUACAAGGGUGAGAUUAAAUUUGGUAAAAAUGUCUUACCUAAACUGAUGGAUUUUAUGGUCCAGCUCCGACUUGAUCCAGGACAGACAGCCACUGACAAAAACAAUCUCUUGCUGGGCGCUUUGUUCGUGUUGCUAGGUGAAGCUCAGCAGUUCAGGCGGGUUAGGAAUUGGACCAUGCGGACUCCGAGAUGCAUUGAACCUAAACCCGUUCCAAAGUGCCUUAGUUUGUUAUUCCAAUCUUGGUCGGAUAUAUCGAAAACCAUUUUUCACUUUGUGUUGGGAUUGGAAAGCAUGCGCCUGAUUGCACCACAGACGAAAUCCUUGGAUCUAGAAGAGAACUACUUCAUGAUGAAAGCUCUAGAAGAAUGGGAAAACAGCAGAAGAGUACACAAUGAUAUGAAACAGUGUGGAUUAAAGUACAGAAACAGUGAAGGAGAGAUCUCGCUUGGUUGUCUCCUUGGUGGUGAAUUGCUGUUAUUGCGGCAUGAUCCGAUAUUGUGCACCAAAAUUUUGAUGAGAAGACAAGACUUUGCGGGCGAUGUUAAUCUCUGUAAGAUUGUUGUUUCUUACAAAAUGCCACAGCUUCCAGAGCCAGAGCAGCAAGUGCCACCGCAGGAAGAGCCUCAGCAUCAAGUGCCACCGCAGGAAGAGCCUCAGCAAGAAGUGCCACCGCAGGAAGAGCCUCAGCAGCAGGUGCCACAACUUCCAGAGCCACAGUAGCAAGAGCCUCAGCAGCAGGUGCCGCAACUUCCAGAGCCACAGCAGCAAGUUGUACAGCUGCCAGAGCCACAGCAGGAUGGCCAGGUGCAGAGCAGUAGCAUGGGCGGUAGCAACAGGAAGAAGAAGGGCAAGCUCAAUGAAGAGAAGCGUCAGGAAGAGUUGGAGAGGAGGAGGAAACUGGAUGAUGAGCAGCAACAGCAGGAAGUGCCUGAUAAGAACCGGAGGAAAAACAAGAAGGGCAACAGCAGACUAAGGAAGCAGCAGCAGUAAAGAGAAAAGCAAGUAAAUGGUUGGCCUGUCCCCUGCUAAUGCCAAAGGUUGCUGAGCAGUAGCUGUUCGUGCGUGAGAAGAACUGGAAGAACAAUAGCAACAGCGGUGAGAGCAAGACAGGAAGCGUCAUCAGUUAAGUGAAAGAGUAGCCCGUUUUACUUGCUAUUGCCAAUGGCACGCAUAUUCUUGCAGAUUAGUUUUUUUUUUCUGUUUGUAGUCUUGUAUCUCAGUUAAGUGAAAGCUAGGCUGCACCUUCUCUCAGUGGUUUUAGAGGUAUGAGGUGCUGAAUGAUGAUUUGGAUGCUCUGUUCAACCUCUGCUCUUUACCACUUCAGCAAGAAAUCUGGAUCUUUCAGAUUAUAUUGAU